AUGGAUAACUUCACAAAUGGGCAGCCAGGCCCAGGUCAGAGGAACAGGUUGAUGGGAUUGCUAGAAACAGAUGACAGUACCCCAGAAGAUAGACCUGCAUCUAGUAAAAAGGAAGAAAGAUCAGCACCUGGAAAGAGAGAACAACGCCCCUUGGAGACACCAUAUCAGAAAGAAAGCAGUAACUUUCCUCCUAAAGUCAAGAUUAAUCUGAACUAUCGGCCAGGACUUGUUAGCAACCAAAAGGACCCAAAUCGCUUCGACAGAGACAGGCUCUUCAGUGCAGUCUCAAGGGGCAGCCCCGAGGCACUGGAUGGUUUACUUGAGUAUUUAAGGAGGACCUCCAAAUUUCUCACGGAUUCUGAAUACACAGAUGCAAAUACUGGGAAGACCUGCUUAAUGAAAGCUCUAUUGAACUUAAAAAAUGGAAAGAAUGACACUAUCCCACGUCUGCUGGAAAUAGACCAAAAUACACACAAUCCUAGGCCACUUGUCAAUGUGGCAUGCUCUGACUGUUACUACAGAGGUAAGAGUUCUGUCCAUAUUGCCAUAGAGAAAAGGAGCCUAGAUUUAGUGAAGCUUCUAGUAGAGAAUGGAGCUGAUGUCCAUGCCAGAGCCCAUGGUGAAUUCUUCAAGAAGAAGAAAGAAGGAGUUUACUUUUAUUUUGGUGAACUUCCCCUCUCCUUGGCUGCUUGUACCAACCAGCUUGAGGUUGUGGAAUAUCUUCUAAACAAUCCUCACCAGAAAGCCAGGCUCCAGGAGCAGGACACGCAGGGCAACACAGUCCUCCAUGCCCUGGUGAUGAUUGCAGAUGACACUGAGGAGAACACCAAGUUUGUGAGCACAACAUACAUUGAGAUCUUGAAGGCAGGUGUGAAGGUUGACCCAACGUGGAAGCUGGAGGAGAUAGUGAAUUAUGAUGGAUUAAAUCCUCUGCAGCUUGCUGCCAAGACAGGCAAAGUGGAGAUCUUCAAGCACAUCAUCCAAAGAGAGAUCAAAGAUCCGGUGUACAGGCAUCUGUCACGCAAGUUCACUGAAUGGACCUAUGGGCCUAUCCAUGUGUGUCUCUAUGACUUGUCCUCUAUAGACAGCUUUGAGGAGAACUCUGUGCUGGAGAUUCUGGCAUACAGCAGUGACACACCGAAUCGGUACAAGAUGGUAGUUUUGGAGCCACUGAACAAACUGCUUCAACAAAAAUGGGAAACAUUUGCUUCCAAGAGAUUCUACUUCAGUUUUGUCUCAUACUUGUCAUUCAUGAUCAUCUUUACAGCCAUUGCGUACUAUCAACCCUUACGGGUAAAGCCUUCAUUUCCAGUGGAGUUUACGGCUGGAGGCUUCCUGUGGGUCUCUGGACUGAUCAUUAUCUUGCUAGGAGGCAUUUAUCUAAUCUUUGCUCAGAGUCUGUACUUGCGGAGGAGACGCCAGUCCCUGAAGACUAUGUGUUCUGACAGCUGCAUUGAGAUCUUGAUCUUCAUCCAGGCUUUCUCAUUGCUGCUGUCAGCAGUCCUAUAUGGUGCAAGUUCAGAAAACUAUGUGGCAGUGAUGGUGUUCUCCCUGCUUCUGGGAUGGGUGAACAUGCUGUACUACACUCGGGGCUUUCAGCGCACUGGGAUCUACAGUGUCAUGAUCCAGAAGACUAUCUUGAGAGAUCUGCUGCGUUUCCUCUUGGUUUAUAUGAUCUUCCUCUUUGGCUUUGCUGCAGCUCUGGUUACACUGAUGGGGGAUGCUCCUUCGGUUUCUCAGAACAAGUCUCUUGCUCAUUUGGAGGGCACUGGGAACCAUGCUAUGUACGGUGGGCUGCUUAGUGUCUCUCUGGAGCUCUUCAAGAUCACCAUUGGGAUGGGAGACCUGGAUUUUCAGGAACAUGCCAGAUUCAGAUACUUUGUCAUGCUCCUACUGCUUCUCUUUGUGAUUCUCACUUACGUUCUUCUGCUCAACAUGCUGAUUGCACUCAUGAGUGAGACUGUCACAGAUAUUUCUGGUUACAGCAAAAGCGUCUGGAAGCUGCAGAGGGCUAUUGCUAUUCUAGAGAUAGAGAAGGCCUGGCUGUGGCGCCAAGGUGGGAAGAGGAGAUCUGGCUGCUUCAUGUCGGUGGGCCUUAAUAAGAAAGAUGAGAGGUGGUGCUUCAGAGUAGAGGAAAUUAAAUGGACUGAUUGGGCAAAGGAUGUGGGAGUUCUUAAGGAAGACCCUGGCAACACCAAUGAUUCAGAAAUAAACCCAGAAGAGACAAGAUCAUGGAAACGGAUGCCACAGAAACAACUGAGACCAGCUGGUUCAGAGGAGCAGUCACUAUUGCAGCCCCAGAUGUCAGCAACUGAGAUGAUGCCUCUAGAGGGACAAACCAAGAAUCCUUAGGAGGUUUUCUGGAUUGCAACCUUGCUUCCACCUUCAAAGGAGCAGUUCUUCCUCUAGCACCUGGAAAAAUUGAAGGCAUUGUCAGUAUUAAAGUGCAUUUCGUUGAAGACUGUGGUUCAGCCUGUGGCUUUAAAUAUUUUCAUGCACUUUAAUCAUUAAUUUCGUCUGAAGAUACUAUUUUUACUCAACUUUCUUUGCCUGAUGCUUUCUUAUUACUUAUGUCUAAAGGUGCAAGAGCAAGAUCAUAGGGGCAGUGGGAGUGGUCUUUGGGAGGCAGUGCUUUCUGAGCUGUAUAGAAAUA